AAAAUACAGAUUAAAGUGUUUAACAGAGGGUUCCACUGUCUUAAAUGGGCGAUUAUAGAGCAAAAUAUGAGAUUUUAAUGACAAUUUUAUUGAAACAUUGGACUUCCAUAUUUUUUUUUAAUGCAAGAAAUAAAGUAGGAAUGUAGUUAAAAUUCAAAUCAAUAAAGUUAAGGUUGGUUAUAGAUAUUUUUACUAUAUUAUUUUAACAUUUUCUGUAAUGUGUUCUUAUUUUGAAUGUAACUAUUUUUAUAUAUAUUUAAAUCCUAAAUAAGUAGAUAAAAGCAGUUCAUAUCUGCCAGCUUCCAUUAAUUCCCAUUAAAGUAGAAACGCGAUAGAAAAUCCGGUCCUCGCAGGCCACCGUAGGCAUCAGUAGCGGAGGGACCUGCUCUCUGCCUCAGCCUUUGAGCAUCUUUUCAUCGCUUUGAUACCAUUCCCUCCCGAACGCGGCGGGAUGAAGGGGACCCGUGAAUCCCGCAUCUCUCUUCCUCCCGGUUUGCGCCAGAACUGAACGCGGAGCUGCGCGCGCGGCUUGCGUAAUGCUUCCCAACAGGAUGCCUUCCCCCUGAUGCUGAGGAGACAUAAUAGCUUUUCCGUGGACACGAAAGACUGUAGUUGUCCAGAACGGAGUCGAACUGGGGGGAGCUUUGGGCUUUCUGGCGCUUUUCACGCGUUUUCUGGAGCAUUCCCGCAUCCCGCGAGUUGUGGUUUUGGCGUAUUUUGCUCCCGGAUGCUGCACGCAGGAGAAGAUCCAGUCCAGCACAGAAGAUGCUCAGAUAGAAGUAUCCGCCUGUCACUGAGGUCUUCAAAGGCCUAAGACUCCUUCUUUGUGCCAUUUGAAAAAGAUCUUCCCAAUGGAAAUAUCAGCUAAUCCUUCCUUUAAAUAGCUGAAUGUCUGGGCCAUCAGUGCAAUCACACACUUUAGAUGUUUUGAGUGGUCAAAAAUGGAAUAUCCCUAAGUUUCAGCCACAAUCUGACAUGUUUAAGCUCAUGUCUUUCUGUGGAUUUGAUCUCAGAAAUCCUCUGAUUACUCACUUAAAUCAAGUUUAUUAGGAAAUGCACUGAUUGGAGGGUUUAGUUCUUGUCAUGCAGCAAAUCUGGAUCUUCAGAAACAAGCUGGCCACACAGGUUUUAGGAACAGCUAGCUUAGCUGACGGUGCAGGUCUCUUCUCCGCAUCAGUGACCCCAUGACCCUCGCUGAAGCCCAUAUUCUGAGCAUCAGACAUUUAAUGGCAGCUGCUCUCACCUGCACGACCACCACGAUGAGCGCACGCCCGUAGCCGUGCCACGCCGGCGUUGCUGGGGCUGGCCGUCGCAGGACGGUAACCUCCCUCUGCCAUGACCCGGCUGAUGUUGGGCCGGACUCUGGAGCGCAUCUGCAAAGGCGUCCUGCUGCUUUGCCUGCUCCACUUCCUCAUCAUGAUGAUCCUGUACUUUGACGUCUACUCGCAGCGCUUCGACCUCUUCAGCCGCUUCAACAAUGGACGCAACGGGUCCAGGAACAAUGUCAGCGGAGCUGGGGGCGGGCAUCACUAUUAUUACUACAACCUCUCCCGGCCCAACACCACGUUAGCCAGCUAUCUGGCCACCGGAGAGCAGCUGGCGCCGACGAUGCAGCCCGAGAGUAACCAGACUCCUUCUCCUAAACCGCUACCGCCGUGUCCGGAGAACCCGCCUGGUCUUGUGGGGCGGCUGUUGAUUGAGUUCAGUUCCCAGAUGACGAUGGAGAGAGUGCAGAAAGAGAACCCCAACGUCACUGAAGGAGGUCGAUACUCGCCCCCCGACUGCCGGCCGAGAUGGAAGGUUGCCAUCAUCAUACCGUUCCGUCACAGAGAAAACCAUCUGAAAUACUGGCUUCACUACCUUCAUCCCAUACUGAGGCGGCAGAAGAUCGACUACGGCAUCUACAUCAUCAACCAGCUGGGUGAAGACACCUUCAACCGUGCCAAGCUGUUGAACAUCGGUUACAUGGAGGCUCAGAAGGACGGCGAGUACGACUGCUUCAUCUUCAGCGAUGUGGACCUGAUCCCCAUGGACGACCGCAACCUCUACCAUUGCUACGACCAGCCCAGGCACUUCGCCAUCGCCAUGGACAAAUUUGGCUUCAGACUUCCGUAUGCAGGAUACUUCGGAGGAGUUUCUGGCCUCAGUAAAAAGCAGUUUCUGAAGAUCAAUGGCUUUCCGAAUGAGUACUGGGGCUGGGGGGGGGAGGACGACGACAUUUAUAACAGGAUCACUCUCAAUGGGAUGAAGGUGUCCAGGCCAGACGUUCGCAUCGGCCGCUACAGAAUGAUUAAGCACGAGAGAGACAAACACAACGAGCCCAACCCGCAGAGGUACUGCAUCACUGUCUGCAGCCGCUCCCCGAUUCACCUUCCGAUCGAUCGGCUGCUGCGGCUUCACAGCUGCACAGUCGUGAUGUUCCUCCCAUCAUUUUUCAUCUUUGUUUGAGAGAAUUACAAAUAUCAGACUCGGUGAAAAUAGAGCCAUCAGUAGCACGCUUUAAUAAUUAGUGUCUGCCACGGAUAAACAGGACGUUUCUGUAAUAACUGACGUCGUUUAUCUCUGCCGCUGCAACAGGCCCACAAAAAAAUAAAAUAAAAAAACGUUGGUUAUAUGAUGAGACGGCCUGCACUUUGAUUUUAGCAGCUUUUAGGUUUCCACUCACAUAAUGUCCGUUCACACCAGGGAGCUGCCAACUGUUAGUCCAGCACUCCUGCUGUCUGCUCCCUGAGAGCUCCUCAGGAGGAACUGCAGGAGAACGGAAACGUAACUCCCUCCGACACUCCUCAGACCUCUUAAAGUCUGUUAUUAAAGACUAACCUGGAGUUAGAGGGACGUGAGGAGGGCAAGGAACUCCUCUCCUUAAUUAACUAUUAGUUAAUGUCACAUUUUGAUUCUUGACUAGUUUUUGUGACAUCAUUAAAUCAUUUAAAGCCGUAGACCAGGAGUAACAUCCAUGUUUUAUUAUGGCUGUGAACAUUAACGCAUUAACACACGCCAUUAAUCGAAAAGAAUUAACGCGUUAAUAUUUAUUAACUCAAGUUAAUUGAAGAAACGGUCCUUCGCUUUAACUCAGCGGUUCAGGCUUCCAUGACGUGCGUUAGAACAUUUCUUCUGGUAUUAUCCUGCUUAUACCAAGGUCACUUACAAGAGAAAUAAAUAUUCUAUCGGUUUUUAGUCCUUUAUUCUUACUAUUUUUGUGGUUUAGAUGACUAAAAAUGGACUAUUUGAUCUGGUGUCAUAUUGUAAAAAUACAUUUUGCCUCGUAAAACAUUGUGAUUAAUCCCAACAUAAAAGUGCAAUUAGUCAUUGAUUGACAACAGUAAUUAAAAAUACAGCAAAUACAGAAAAAAAAAUUAUAGCGAUUGAUCGCGAUUAAUUUUUUCCAAGUUUGCGAUUAAUUAAUUAGUUAAUUUUUUUUAAUCGAUUCCCAGCCCUAAUUUUUAUUUAUUUAUUUUUUAACCUCUAGUUUCUCUUAACAUUUGAGGUUAAAUUUACCUUCAUCAUCUGUAAAAUAUCUGCAGCUUCUUUAAAUGUUAUUUGAAGUCUAGAUUUUGUGUGACAACCAUUAAAGUGUGAUACAGAUUCUCCCUUAUAAGCAGGGCUCUAAACUAACGCGCGCCACAUUCAGGUAAAGAUUUAAUUUGCCAGGUAGAAAAAAAAAAGUCUCCAGCCACUUUGGGAGGUGAAGCGUUGUUCAUCCUCUCAACAAUAAUCUGUAAAUGUCUACAUUCCCUCCCCACAAACAUCCAUCCCAGAGUUAGUUCAAAACAUUUAAUCCUCCCUUUUCCAACAGCAGGUGGUGCAUUCAGGGACUGCAUGGAAUUUAUGCAUUUAUGCAAUUUCAUGAAGUUCUCACUAUUGCUGCAUUCAGGUGCGCUGGUAAUUUUAGCAUUUGCUCUCACUGAUCUCAGCCAACACACACACACUCACUUUUAUCUCCAUUUCAUUGUUAGUGUAACCAAUGUGUCCCAAUAGCUUAGCUUAAGCACAAUGCUUCUGUAGGCUAGAUCAGAAGACCAAAUCCGACUCUAGGAGUGGAGGGAGAGACUGAGACAAGGUUUUUUGUGUUUUGCUGGUACCAUAUAUUUUUUAGAAUAACAAAAACAUACAAAAAAACCAAAUAUACAUGAAUUACAUGAAUGGCCAUUCAAAGGGAAGAAAAGAUCCCAAAAAAAAAAGAAAAGUUCGUGUUAUGGAUCAGGUUCUGGUUAAAGUCCAACACACUGGGUGACCUGUCCAUGCACCCAGUUGUUCUCGAGUCCAAAGAAAAUU